AUGUUAGACUCGGAGUUACGGAUGAUCAAGACCCAGUUUCCGUUCCAUUUGCAGAGCAUCAUUCUCCUUGGCCUAUUGGUCACGCUGGUGUCCGCGGGCGAGAAGGAAGCCGUGGAACCCAAGAGCGAGGUGAAGGACGCGAAGAGCAAACGAGGUCUGGAACUGAGUUACGGUGGCGGCUACGGCGGUGAUUUCGGAGGUUUCGGAGGCGGCCAUGGAGGCGGCUACGGAGGCGGCUAUGGAGGCGGCUAUGGAGGCGGUUUAGGAGGCGGUUUAGGAGGCGGCUUCGGUGGAGGCGAUGACGGUGGCAAGAUCAAGUCCAUCACCAUUCACAAGGAAGUCAAGGUCGGAGUCCCGGCUCCCUACCCGGUAGAGAAGCACGUGCCCUACCCUGUCGCCGUUCCAGUGAAGGUCCCGGUCGACCACCCCGUCCCGGUUCACGUACCGAAACCCUACCCCGUUCCGGUGGAGAAGCACAUCCCCUACCCCGUGGAGAAGCAGGUGCCCGUGCCCUACAACGUGCCCUACAAGGUCCCCGUCAAGGUUCCCUACCCGGUCACCGUGCCCGUCAAGGUCCCCGUCGCGGUCCACAAGGAGGUGCCCUAUCCAGUUAAGGUGCCCUACAUCGUCAAGGAAUCCUACCCCGUUUUCGUUCAGGGCCACGAUGAGGGCGGCUAUGGCGGUGGCUAUGGCGGCGGCUAUGGCGGCGGAUACGGCGGCGGAUACGGCGGCGGAUACGGCGGCGGCCACGAGAUCGAGCUGGGUGGCUACCACCAUUGA